CACUAAAUGAAAGUAAUAUUACAGAUAUCAUGCAUCCUUUGAUUGAACGUCGAAUAUGAAUAGACUCUUUUAAGUACCAGUAGUAGACCAGCCAAGCGGGAUUGCCUGAAACAUCGCAGUAAUGUGAAGAAUGCCAGUAAAGACCCAGGUGCUUUUCAAUGAUCUGAUGACAAUGAGACGGAGCCCAAGGAGACCCCUGAUCCUCAAAAGAAGGAAGUUGCCUUUUCAGCAAAAUGAUCCACCAGCAGCUGAAUCGCAAAGCCAGUCUGGUGCAUCAGGCUCCCAGGAACCUUCAAAACAAGCUGCAACCCAGUGCUUCCCUGAUGGGAUCCGCAUUAUGAAUCACCCCUCUAUGUCUGACACUCAGGUGGUUGUCAUUCCCAAAACCGCAGACCUUCAAAGUGUCAUCGGGGCCCUCACUGCCAAAGGCAAAGAGUGUGGUGUCCAGGGGCCAAACAAGUUCAUCCUUCUUAGUGAGAAUGGUAGCUGCGACAAUGGAUCCCAUUGUCAGACUGCUGCUGAAGGGGAUGACAUUUCAACAAGGAGUACAGAUGGACAACCAGUGAAGGCAGAAACUAUCCAUAACUCCCCUGAUGCUAAACCUCUCACCGGAAUUAAACCAUUAGUAAAUAAGGACCUGGAAUGUGGUCCUUUAGACGACAGCCUCACCAAUAUUCAAUGGCUGGGCAGAAUGAGCACAUGUGCCUUCGAACCAGAUCCUACCAAGCAGAUGACCAACAAGGAGAACCAAAACUCAAUCUCACAGACUUUCCAGGCACAAAGUACACAAAUCGAUGGAGAAGCCGUUCAACAACCCAUGUCAGAGAGGCCACCAUACUCCUACAUGGCCAUGAUCCAGUUUGCUAUCAACAGUAGGAAGAAUAGGAGGAUGACACUGAAAGAGAUUUACACGUGGAUCGAGGACCACUUUCCCUACUUCAGAGAGGUGGCCAAACCAGGAUGGAAGAAUUCGAUCCGCCAUAACCUCUCUCUACACGACAUGUUCAUUCGGGAGACGUCACUAGAUGGUAAAGUUUCUUUCUGGACCAUCCGGCCCGAGGCCAAUCGAUGCCUCACUCUUGAUCAGGUGUACAAGCCCGGUUGCGACCCAAUGACUGCUCCUGUCCCAGUGCCAAUGCUUUUAUUUCCCAACCAACAACAAAAGAGGAUGCUUCCUGAUGCAAGAAAGACACCGACCGGCUCUGAGAGAAGGAUGAAACCGCUUCUCCCUCGAACCAACUCCUACUUGGUCCCUAUCCAGCUCCCCGUCACCUCCUCCGUCUACCUGCCGUCCUCAUCGGCCCCGUUUCCCCCCGCUUGCCCGCAGCAGAAACGGAACAUUUCACGGGGAGCCAAGAGAGUGCGGAUAGCCCCUAAGGUGACACACAGUGAUGCCCCAGCUGUGGUAGUGUAUCCUCAGAGGAACAAUGACCAGGAGAUGAAGGUGGAGAUGAAGGAGGAGCCGGUCUGUGUUCCGAUUAAAUGCGACACUCCUAAAGCCCUUCCAAAGAGACAAGCCAGCAGCUCCAGGCGUAAACAGCGCCUGGUUCACUCUCUGCAUGAGGAGCCCGUCCUCCUCUGUCCUGAUAAUACUUUCUUUGACUCUGGCGUAGCCUCUGACGCCUCCACCUUCCACGACAUGCAAGAUAGUGAGCUGGAGGAGCACCGGCAUGAGGAGCACAGCCCCGACCGGGAGUUCUCCUUCAAGACCCCCAUAAAAAGUAGCAGCCACCUGGCCUCCUCCACCCCCAGCAAGGCCCCCCCUAACGUCUUACCCGAGCCCUGGAAAGUGACCCCUGUGGGAAAAGGGAGCCAAAACUUUCUGGACUUCAGCCCCAUUCGCACACCGGGCGGUCCCGCUGUCACCCCCCGGCACGACUACACCACAUUCAGCUUCAACAGCACUCCCUUUAAAGACUGGCCCCUCUUUAACUCCCCCAGAGAGCUGCUCACAUCCGCUCCCUCCAGAGUGACCGGACCCACAGACUCUCCCAUCGAACACCUCCGAAGCAGCUGCUCCAGAGAGCUGCUUCAGACGGGAAGCUCCACGCCGGCUAACCGCUCGAUCACAGAGGGCCUUGUCCUGGAUACCAUGAAUGACAGCCUGAGCAAGAUACUAGUGGACAUUAGCUUCUCUGGUCUGGACGAUGAGGACCUAGGUAUGGCUAACAUCAGCUGGUCUGAGUUCAUCCCACAGUUCAAGUAGCCUGAGGGCCAGAAAUACAUUUCCUUUUAUUGACAUGGCAGUGUCAUAUGUUUUCCAAAACACUAUGGGUGGGAGCGCCCACACAGAAACGGCAAAGCAGGUGCAAAUGUAGGAAAAAUUACCAACUGGAAAUUUGGAUUUCAGAUUUUGAGAAGGUCUAUUGGGACUAUAACAACUGGGUUAACAGGAACAUUACAUUGUUUCAUAAUGAUAACUGGAGUUAAUCAGCUUGGUCAGGGUGAGACGCCGAAGACACAAAUACAUGCAGAUGACAUAAGGCAUCACCAAGAACAUGAAG